AUGCUGCAGCGGACUUGGGAUAGCAGUGUCAGAUCCUGCUCUGUCAGAGACAGUGUUAAAAGAGUUGAUUUGAGUUGGCUUGUAAGGUUAAGAAAUGAGUUGAUUAUCUUUUUGGCUGACCAAAAGGAGCCCUACUUUAAGCCCCGUGUGAAGUUACCGAUGAAAUCUCUCAGUGUUACCAUAACUAGUGUAGUUCCUGGAGAUUAUGAUGGUGAUUCACAAAUGGAUGUCCUCUUGACCACCCAGACACAAAAUCGUGGCAGAGAUGGACUUUCAGUGUUCAUUUUCUGGGGACACAACCAAACAUUAGAUCUUAACCAUAAAACUAUGUUAAAUAAUACUUUUCAUGAUGAGCCUCUGGUUAUGGACUUUAAUGGAGACUUGAUCCCUGACAUCUUUGGUGUCACAAGCGAUUCAGUUAAACCACAGAUAUGGAUAGGCGGGAACUUAUCGUGGCACGCUGCUUUGGAAACUCAAAGUAAAAUGUAUAUACCACACUCUCAUGCGUUUAUAGAUUUAAAUAAUGACCUCACUGCUGAUUUGUUCCUUACUACAUCAAAUUCACAGAACAUUUGGUUUGAGACAUGGGUAAAUAAGGAUGGGAACUUCUCUCAAGCUGGAAGUAAGAAAGCGCCUAGUGGUGUGACAGUUGUUGGACAGUCCGUGUUUGCAGAUUUUGAUGGGGAUGGACAAAGUGAACAUUUAUUACCAGUCUGUGAAGAUGAAGCAUGUCAAAAAAGUGCCAUCUACUUAACUAAGCUAGGAUUGGAUCAGUGGGUUCCAGUCUUGCAAGACUUCAGGAAUAAAGACACACUCUGGGGCUUUGUACCAUAUCAAAAUGACAAAUCUUCAGCGGAAAUUUCAUUUCCAAUUACGCUUCAUAUUGGAGAUUACAAUAUGGAUGGCUACCCAGAUGCUCUUGCUAUACUAAAAAACACAUCUGGAAGCAAUCAACAGGCAUUUUUACUAGAAAACGUCCCAUGCAAUAAUGUAAGCUGCAAGAGUGUACGUCGUAUGUUUAAAGUUUUUUGGGAACUCUCGGAUCUAAAUCAAAUCAAGGAUGCAGUGGUAGCAACCUUCUUUGACAUAUACGAAGACGGUAUCCUGGAUAUCAUUGUGCUAAGCAAAGGCUACUCCAACAAGGACUUUACUAUCCAUACAUUAAAAAAUAACUUUGAAGCAGAUGCCUAUUUUGUUAAAGUUAUUGUUCUCAGUGGCCUCUGUUCUAAUGACUGUCCUCGGAAAAUAACACCUUUUGGUGUGAAUCAGCCUGGUCCUUACAUCAUGUACACGACUGUAGAUGCAAAUGGAUACCUGAAAAAUGGGUCAGCUGGGCAGCUUAGCCAGUCAGCACAUUUUGCUCUCCAGUUGCCGUACAAUGUGCUAGGCCUGGGACGUAGUGCUAAUUUCCUCGAUCAUUUGUAUGUUGGCAUUCCUCGUCCUUUAGGAGAAAAGUCCGUAAGAAGACAAGAGUGGACAGCUAUCAUACCGAACUCCCAGCUCAUAGUCAUCCCCUAUCCUCAUAAUGUUCCUCGAAGCUGGAGUGCCAAGCUGUAUCUGACCCCAAGUAACAUUGUGCUGCUAACAGCGAUAGCCUUAAUUGGUGUCUGCGUUUUCAUCCUGGCAAUAAUUGGCAUAUUACACUGGCAAGAAAAGAAAGCAGAUGACAGAGAGAAGCGACAGGAGGCUCAUCGGUUCCAUUUUGAUGCUAUGUGACACGCCUUAAUAUUUAUGAAGGAGCUGCUACUCAUUUGGUUAAUUGAAAUACGAAAUCCUGAUUUGUAAAACGAUUACUGUGAAAAUACUGCUGGUGUGCUAUUUGUAAAUGUUGCAUUAUUUGGUAUUUAUUUGGAAAGUCUUAAAAUUAGACCUGAAUGUCUCACAAGGCCUUUCAGUUAACAGACUGUAUAUAAUAUGAUAGCAUUUGGUCUUUAACAGAACUGUAAAUUUAUUUUUCUUAGUUAAAGGGAUCGUAUUGCACGUACCAUUGUGUAUGUACCACCGGUUCUUUAGUAAUAUUUGAUAGAAAGAAAGCUGUGUAAAUAAAAUUGAGCAUUUCAGUGAGCAGAAUACUUUGUACCAUGUGAAUUGGUCUUGUCAUUUAUACAUUCCGCGUGACCUGUGUUUCUGAAAAUUCAGCUUGAGCAAUUUCUUAGAUUACUUGAUGAUUAGUUAUUUUGAUUGUACUAAAUGGUGCUCAGCC